CCCAUUUCUUGCUUCUCCGCCUGUCUUCGAGUUCAAGUUGCUUGCUUUACUCAACUUAAUAGGAUAGUAUAGAGCUAUGGCAGAAAAGGACAGAAAUCAGAUCCCCACCGCCGAUUUCACCUCCGACGAGGCCUACCUCUCCGGAUUCGCCAACAGCUUCUCGUCGGAGGCGAUCGCCGGAGCUCUCCCCGGUGGCCAGAACAGCCCCCUCCUCUGUCCCUACGGCCUCUACGCCGAGCAGAUUUCCGGCACCUCCUUCACCUCCCCCCGGAAGCUCAACCAGCGCACCUGGUUUUAUCGGAUCAAACCUUCCGUUACUCAUGAGCCGUUCAAGCCUCGAGUUCCGGCUGACUGUAAGCUGUUGAGCGAGUUCAAUCAGUCCAAAAGCUCUGCUACUCCGACUCAGCUGCGGUGGAAGCCGGUGGAUGUUCCCGAUUCACCUACCGAUUUCGUUGAUGGCUUAUUCACCAUCUGUGGAGCUGGAAGUUCGUAUCUCCGGCAUGGUUUCGCUAUUCACAUGUAUGCCGCCAAUAAAUCAAUGGAGGAUUGCGCAUUCUGUAACGCUGACGGAGACUUUCUUGUUGUUCCACAGAAAGGAAGGUUGUGGAUUACUACGGAAUGUGGAAGACUACAAGUGUCUCCGGGUGAAGUUGUUGUAUUGCCUCAAGGAUUUCGCUUCUCCGUGGACCUUCCGGAUGGCCCAUCACGUGGUUAUGUCGCUGAGAUUUUCGGUACCCAUUUUCAGCUUCCCGAUCUGGGUCCCAUAGGUGCUAAUGGUCUUGCUGCGCCAAGGGAUUUUCUGGUUCCUGGCGCCUGGUUCGAAGAGGGGCACUGUCCAGAGUACACUAUAAUACAAAAGUUUGGCGGGGAGCUAUUUACGGCCAAGCAAGACUUCUCUCCUUUCAAUGUUGUUGCUUGGCAUGGAAAUUAUGUUCCAUAUAAGUAUGAUCUGAGCAAGUUCUGUCCCUACAACACUGUCUUGUUCGACCACAGUGAUCCGUCCAUCAAUACUGUAUUGACCGCCCCAACUGAGAAACCUGGUGUUGCUUUGCUUGAUUUUGUCAUCUUCCCUCCGAGAUGGUUGGUUGCUGAGCAUACAUUCCGUCCCCCAUAUUACCAUCGCAACUGUAUGAGUGAAUUUAUGGGCCUGAUUCAUGGUGGAUAUGAGGCAAAGGCUGAUGGGUUUCUCCCAGGCGGUGCAAGCCUUCACAUCUGCAUGACUCCCCAUGGUCCCGAUACUAAAACAUAUGAGGCAACAAUUGCUCAGGGAAACGAAGCAGGACCGCACAAACUAACUGAUACAAUGGCCUUCAUGUUUGAGUCAUGCCUAAUCCCGCGAGUCUGCCCUUGGGCUCUUGAUUCCCCUGCCAUCGAUCCUGAUUACUACAAGUGCUGGAUCGGUCUCAAGUCCCACUUUUCACCAGAAGGAACCAAGGACCCGAUUGAGGCUAGAGAAAACGGGCCUAAGGAUUCUCGGUAAUGGGUGGAAGUGCGAAGAGAAAAUGGAACGAAGGUAGAUAGUCUAACAUGCAUAUAAAUAUAUCAAUGAACAUGAAAGUUGAAUGUGAGUUGAAAAGUGAUCUAUAUAAGAUGAGUUGGGCCUGUAUAUAUGGUACAUGUAUAACCUGCCUUCAAAGAACUUUAUCUGUAUCCAAGUUGAAUCUGCACUAGUCUAUAUGGCUCUCUUCAUUGUCGUAUAGUUAUACA